AUGGCGAACUUUCAGCUUGUCUUCUUCUUUUCUUCCACGCUUCUGGUGGCCCUUUCGCCGACAGUUAUUACAGCAGCACUAGAGCAAGACCUCGCCGACUUGGACAGUUUUAUACAAUCACUCAUGGAGUGUGAGAGUAAACCCAUCGUUGGCCUGACCAUUUCACUCGUUAAAAACGGAGACGUGGUCUUUUGCAAAGGGUACGGCAAGCGGGAUUUGAACCAAGGUCUCCCGUUGGACAACAGGACUAUCUUCGGCCUCGGGUCCAUUUCCAAGUCCUUCACGGCGACUCUUCUGGCUAGCGUUCUCGCUGAGAGAGAUGGCGUCACAUUGGACACGCCGUUAGUGGACAUACUGGGACACGAUUUCAGAUUUCAAGACGAAUUUUUGACGAAGAAGACAACUCUGCGCGACGUUCUUGCCCACAGGACGGGACUUCAGAGGUUUCCGACCAAAUUGUUACAGUUCGGGAUGGACAUAGACAGAGCGGAGCUGACAAGGAGGGUUCGCCACUUCUCCCAGGUCCAUCCCUUCCGGUCGGUUUUCUACUACAACAACUUGCUCUACACUCUCGCGGGACACGUCGCCGAAAGGCUUGCUGGGAAACCAUUGAACAGCUGUUACGGGAAAAGAUCCUCCUCCCUCUGGGGAAGGAGACCUUUCAAUGUUGGCCCGAGCUACCUGACAUACAGUCGGGACGGACAUGCUCUUCUCGUUGAUCGGGAAGAAACCUUCAGAAUCCAGAAGCUGCAUGCUCCUUCUGGAGGCAUGGCGUCUAACGCGGCGGACAUGGCACGGUACAUGCAGCUCCACCUGAGCGGGGGGAAGGGACCGGACGGACGGACCCUGGUGCCUGAUGAACUGUUCAGAGAGUCCCACACGGUACAGUUCUUCAGGCCGUACCAGCCUGACAAGGAACUCUACCGACCACAGUACCCGGUUGGAGUUAGGAACAACGGAGAAGGGUUCGGUCUGAUUGUGGGGGAUUACAGAGGCUACCGGAGACUGUUUCGUAGCGGUAUUUACACGGGGUUUUCUUCGCUGAUGUCGUUAUUUCCGGACGCAUCAGGGGGUGUGUUCACCAGUUUGAAUGGCCCGGCUUUUCCAAGUCACGUUUACAUUGACGUCCACAGCAUCCUGCACUAUCGUGUUGCGGACAUGCUGCUCGGUUUGGAGCCAUGGCUGAACACUACGACCGCCUGCAGUUUCCCGCAACCCUGGGCCACAUAUGACGUCAACAUGACCAUGCCUCCCGCACCUUCUCGCGACUUCCCGCGAGACAAACGAGACUACGAGGGAACGUUCGGUAACCCCUUAUUCGGUAACCUUACCAUUCGGCUCAACUCAACGGAUGGUACCCUACGCUUUAAAGUUGGUCUGGUUGGCCACGGGAUCCUUCUUCCAAUAAGCCCUGGUAACCGCGUACUCAUCAACGGGCCCCCUAGUCAAUCUGCGCCAGUAGUUGCUAAUUUUGAGGAAACGCAAGGGGGCGCUAUCAACCGCCUGGUGAUACCAGUCGCGUCUCCAGAGCCACCAGUGGUGUUUGUUAGAGGCCUGAAGCUUACGGAUGUAGACGAGCUACCAACAGAGGAGGGAUGUGCUGUCUCUGGUGCUGAAGCUACUGUCUAUAAGAUGUGGUCCUAUUGCGUUCAGCUUGGGGUAGCCAUUCUAGUUUUCACUUUCAUAUAG